AUGCGGAAAAUUUAGAAGGAUGAGAAUGAUGAUAUGUUUGUGAUUACAAAGAACCAAAAAAAGAAAUCAACUAAAAAAGAAACUAAAAAACCAGGUAAACUUAAGAGAUUAGAUGAUGAUUAUCAACCUGAGUAAGAGAUGGUAUCAUCAGAAUCUGAAUUACAACCAAGUUCUGAUGAUGAUAAGUAUAAUAAGAAAAAACCUCGUUAAUCUAAAUCUAUUACUGUUAAAUAGGAUAAACCAAAAAGCAAAUAAAAAUUGAAAUAAUUUGAACAAGUAGAAGAAGAAGAUAAUAAUAAUUACGAACCGGUUGAAUAGCCAUUAGCCAAAGAUGCUGAAGAAUUCUUUAAGACAGCUGAACUUUUGUUGCCAUCCUUUGUUCAACCUGAAUUCAUAAGAGAUGCUGAAGGUAGAAGACCUUAUGAUCCAAAUUAUGAUCCAUCAACAUUAGACAUUCCUAUUGCAUAAUAUUAAAAAUUAUCACCUAUGUUUAGACAAUAUUGGAAUGCCAAAAAAGCACAUUAUGAUUCUUUAGUAUUUUUUAGAUGUGGUAGAUGGAUCAAUGUAAUGUAUAAUGAUGCAAUCAUAAUUGCCAGAAUGUUUAAUCGUCAUUUAGGCUUUUGGGGAAGAGAUCGACCUUGUUUGACAGUUUAUGAUAGUCAAUUGCCCAUAUAUCAAAGGACUUUAUUAGAAAAAGGUCAUAAAAUUAUGUUGGUCGAGUAAUUAGAAAAAGCAGAUGUUGCAAAUAAAGAAGAUGGAGAAAUAGUUAAAAGAGAAAUUACUUAAUUAAUUAGUAGAGGUACAUUGUAAGAUUUAAAUGAUAUGGAUUCAUAUGAAUCUAGAAACCUCUUAGUUUUAGUUUGUUCAAAUGCACCUGUCAAUCUUAAAGGACAUAAAUAUGUUUAUGGAGUAUCUAUAGUAGAUUGCACAACUAAUAAUUUUUAUCUAGAUCAAUUCUUUGAUGAUGAAUAAUCAAAUUAAUUAAGAUCUAUUAUAUAUAAAACUAAACCUCUUGAAGUUAUCCUCUCUAAGGCAACUCCAGAAAUUGAAAAAAUGAUGAAGUAAUAUAUUCAAUAAAUAAAUUAAUAGGACUAUUUGUAAUCCAAUCAUUAUUACCUCUAAAAAAGAAUUUAAAGAGUGUGAAUACAUUUUUGAAUAACUUAAAGUUGAAUAUUUAGAGAUGAGAAAUACUUAAGAUAAAAAGAAUAAAUAAUCAAUAAAUAGUAGUUUUGAGGGUAUCAUUCUACCAUCCGAUAAAAUUGAACCUGAAAAUCAGAUAGAAACUAAUAUUAAUCAAGGUCUUUAUAAAGAUUAAGCAGAUGAUAUUAUAAUUGAACAAAGUCACAAAAAUGGAGAUUAUGUUUUAAGUGAUGAGUAUCCAUCUUUAUUUGUAGAAUUGGAGAAGCAAUAUUAUUUUGAAAAGAAAUUAGCUUAAGAUGAAGAUGAAUCUACUUACUAUUCUUAUUAUUUCACUCUUUAAUCCUUUUAUAUCUAAUUAUGCUAUAUGAGAUAAUUACUAAUCCACACUUCUGUUUAUAGAAGAGGGAAGUUUUAAUUUCUUGAUUCAAACUUUAAUCAAAAACUAAAUCUAUAUCUCGAUUCUCAAGCAUUAGAAAGUUUGGAGAUUUUUGAUGUAAAUCUCUAAACUAAGGUUUCUUCAAAGGGAAGUCUUUUUGAAUACUUAAAUAAAUGUGUAACACCUUUUGGGAAGAGAUUAUUAAUCAAAUGGGUUUAGAGUCCUCUCUUAAAUCACAAACAUAUUAGAGAGAGAUAGGAUUGUGUUAGAGAUCUUAUGGAUUUUAUUGAACCUUGUGAUGAAUUUUAAAGAAGAAUAAAAUCUAUUCCAGAUCUAGAGAGAAACAUAAUCAGAUGUUUUAAUACUAUCCAUUCACAUAAACUUAAGGCUGUUCCUAUUUCUGGAGGAGAAAGUUUUGGGAAGAUUAAGUUAAAAGAAAUCACUUAAGUGAUUAAACAUAUCAAAGCAGCUUCAGAGACAUUAAAAGUCUUUGAAAAUUAUUUAAAUAAAUUCAAAUCAAACAAAUUAAAGAAACUUUUAAGUUAUAAAGAAAAUGCAUCCAUUCUUAAUAGUGCCUUAAAAGAAUUAGAAAAAUGCAUUUCAAUUCAAGAUGGAGAACCAUAACCACUCAAAGGUGUCUCUCUAGAAUAUGAUAGAGCAUUUGAUAAAAUGACUGAUAUUAUAGAUUCAUUGGAAUAAGAAUUAAAAAAAUGGCAAAAUAAAUUUAAGUGUCCUCAAAUUUCAUAUCACCAUGGUAAAAUACGAUAUUAAAUUGAAAUUCCUGAUAAAUUUUUGGAAUCAGGUUAAAAACCUAAAGAACUAGUAAUUACAUCAAAAAAGAAAGGAUUUUAAAGAUUCUAAACAGAUUUUAUAGAAUAAUAGAUUUUCAAUUUAAAAGUUGUUGAAGAUGAGUUAUCUCAAAAAUUAAUACCAUUUAUUAAUGACUACUUUACUAAAUUCUAUUCUUAUAGAAAAGAGUUUUUACAACUUAUUUCAACACUCUCAGAAGCAGAUUGUUUGUAAAUAUUAUUAUAAAUUUAGAAUUUCUUUGGCAUUAGUAUCCAAACAAUAUCAAUUUAAUACAUUUCCACAAAUCCUUGAAUAUUCCCCUGACGAAGAAGAAGAUUAGGAAUUUAUUCUAUAAGAAGCAUAUCAUCCUUGCUUAUUGUAAAAUAGAGAUAUUAAUUGGGUUCCUAAUACAAUAAAAUUUAUCAAUUCUGUUGAUACUCUCUUAUUAACAGGUCCUAAUAUGAGUGGUAAAUCUACUUUAUUGAGAUUGAUUGGGAUCUAAAUCAUCUUAGCUUAAAUUGGAUGUGCAGUACCUGCUAAGUCAUUCAAAUUAGUACCUUUUGAUCGUAUUUUUUGUCGAUUAGGUGCAUCUGAUAGAAUGUUAGAAGGCAAAUCAACUUUCUUUAUUGAGCUUGAAGAGACAAAGACUAUAUUAGAACAUUGUACUUCUAGAAGCUUAGUGAUAAUAGAUGAAUUAGGAAGAGGUACUUCAACUUAUGAUGGAGUAGCGUUGGCAUCUGCAGUUUUGAGAUAUUUAUCUUAAAAGAUUAAACCUAAAACAGUAUUUGCAACUCAUUAUCAUAUUCUAUUAGACGAAUUUGCUUUAUGUAAGAAUAUACAAUAAAGUGUAAUGAAACAUUAUUAGGAAAUGGAUAAAGUGAUCUUUGAAUAUAAAUUAAUAAGUGGAGUAGCUGAAAAGAGUUUUGCUACUAAUGUAGCUAAGAUUGCAGGCAUUCCUAAUGAAGUAAUUUAGAAUGCUAAAAAAAUGGAAGAGAAAAUCACAAAAGAAGAAUCAAAAAUAAAUAGAAAUAGAGAAAUAUUAAAAAAAUUCAAUUAAAUUAUAUAGUAGAUAUUAUGA